GUCAACUUGGAACGAAAACGUUAUAACUUCGAAACUUAUUGGAAUGAAGUAAUUGAUGCAUGUAAAAUAAAACAAGAACUUUUGGACUAUGAAAUAGAAAAAGACCGCAUUCUGUACACACUAUUUGAAAUCAACAAUAAAAUAAAAACGAAACAAGAUGAUCUCACUAAAAAUUCAAGUAAAUGGAAAAUAGUCUCUGAAGGUGCAAAUUCGGAUAAAGAUUCA